GGUCUUUGUGUCUAAGGAUAUAUGAUGAGUGGUGGCCUUUCUGCAGAGCAUUACUGUUUUCCAGGCUUUAAUGUAUCAUGUGUUAGGACACAGUUCAGUGUGGGGACCAAGUUUGCCCUCUUUUUGUUGUUCGCUUUAGGCAUGGGUAUAACCAUUUUAGGAAACACGGUUGUCAUUGUGUCAAUUAGCCAUUUCAAGCAGUUGCAUAAUCCUACCAAUGUGCUUAUUUUAUCUCUUGCUCUGGUUGAUCUACUAGUUGGUGUUAUUGUGAUGCCUUUCAGUGCCAUCAGAACUGUUCAUGGCUGCUGGUUUUACGGGGAAGUCUUCUGUCAGUUGCACUCCAGUUUUGAUAUGUUUCUUACCACUCUUUCUAUCUUCCAUCUCAUUUGCAUCGCUGUAGACAGACAGCAAGCAAUAUGCGAUCCUCUGCAUUAUUCCAUGAAGAUCACAAUGCCAGUGGCCUGGAUUAUGGUAUGUUGCAGCUGGGCAUUGGCUGCUGUCUUCUCGUUUGGAUUGCUUUACUCAAAAGCAAAUGUUGCUGGGUUGGAGGAUUACAUAGAAUCAAUUAAUUGCCUUGGAAGUUGUUACCUUCUCUUUAACCACCUUUGGGGAAUCCUGGACAGCAUUAUUGUCUUUUUCUUUCCCUGUAUUGUAAUGGUUUGCCUGUACACUCAAAUAUUUAUUGUUGCUAAAGAGCAUUUACAAAAGAUUGGAGAUGUGAAACAUUCUUCAAAGGACAGAGGAAGAAUUUGGGUCAUUAAACAAUCUGAGCACAAGGCUGCAAAGACUUUGGGAAUUGUGCUCGGUGCAUUCAUCUUCUGUUGGAUGCCAUUUUUUUUAAAUUCAGUAGGUGAUGCAUACAAUGGCUUUAGCACACCAGUUGCUGUCUUUGAAACAUUUGUUUGGUUGGGCUACUUUAAUUCAACCUUGAACCCAAUUAUUUAUGCCUUGUUUUAUCCCAGCUUCAAAAAGUGUUUCUAUUGUAUCAUCACACUGGAAAUAUUUAGCCCAAAUUCUUCAACCAUGAAUGUAUCUCUUAAAUGACACAGCUUUAAGAAGUUUAAGAAAUGCUUUUACCUCAUUGUAAACCUGAAAACAUUCCUCAACCAUAAAUGUGUAUACUCUUACAUAGUUAUGUCCUCGUGUAUUAUUUUUGCAUAAAAAGCAGGUUCAGAUGAUACUAUUUGCCUUUUUUCAAUGAAACUCGGAUGAUGGAUUUUCAAAAUCUCCCCUUCAUUUUCCUUUCUGCAUCUUCUGUGGAUUAUGCAGAGCCAGUUAUUGCUGCAUUUCCCGGGGCACCUAUACUUUUUUAAUAUGACAGUUUUCCCAUUU